CCGGUGACAGCGUGCACUUGUCCGGUCCGCUGACAGCCGAGAAUCAGAGCAGCAUCAAGAUGAUCGGGAUUACGGUUCUUCGAGUGGACAUGGGGCUCAUGGCGGUGCUCCUCGGGGUGCUCUGUUGCCAAGUCCUGGCGUCGGCGUCGGACGACGUGGUGGUGGCCUGCGGGGGGUUCGUGAAGUCCGACGUGGAGAUUAAUUACUCUUUGAUCGAGAUUAAACUGUACACUAAGCAAGGUUCACUGAAAUAUCAAACGGACUGCGCGCCAAUCAAUGGUUACUUUAUGAUCCCUCUUUAUGACAAGGGCGACUUUGUGUUGAAGAUUGAGCCUCCACUUGGUUGGAGCUUCGAGCCGACCCGAGUGGAUCUCCACGUGGACGGGGUCAACGACAUCUGCACCCGGGAGCAGGACAUCAACUUCGCCUUCACCGGCUUCUCCAUCUCGGGAGCGGUUCUCAGUAAAGGUCAUCCACUGGGCCCAGCCGACGUUGAGGUGAAGCUGAGCCGGUCCGGGACGGAGGAGAAGCUCCAGUCUGUCCUCACUCAACCUGGGGGAAAGUACACCUUCUUCAAAGUGAUGCCGGGAAGCUAUGACAUCACAGCCUCUCAUUCCUCCUGGACGCUGGAGCAGAGCGUGACGUCGGUGCUGGUGUCCAACGCCAACGCCCCGGCCGCCGCCCCCCUGGUGGUGGGGGGCUACGAUGUGACGGGGGUGGUGCGCAGCGACGGGGAGCCCAUGAAGGAGGUCACCUUCCUGCUGUACUCGGCUUCCGUCCGCCAGGAGGCGGUGGCGGGCUGCAACACGGCGCCGGUGGAAGGGGCGGAGUCGGGGGACAGCGCGCUGCUCUACCUCUGCAGCUCUCUGUCCGGCGAGGACGGCGCCUUCGUGUUCCCCUCGCUGCCCAGCGGCGAGUACACGGUGAUUCCGUUCUACCGGGGAGAGAGGAUCACGUUCGACGUGGCGCCCUCCAGGAUGAACUUCAAGGUGGAGCACAACAGUCUGCAGCUGGAGCCCAUCUUCCGCGUCAUGGGGUUCUCCGUUACCGGCCGCGUGCUCAACAGCCUGGAGGGGGAGGGGGUCCCGGACGCCACCGUGUACCUCAACAACCAGAUCAAAGUGGUGACCAGAGAGGACGGCUCCUUCCGCCUGGAGAACAUGACCGCAGGAACCUACACCAUCCGCACCCAGAAGGAGCUCAUGUUCUUCGAGCCCAUCUCCGUGAAGAUCGCCCCCAACACCCCCCAGCUCCCGGACAUCAUCACCGCAGGGUUCAGCGUGUGCGGCCGCAUCGCCGUGAGCCGUCUGCCCGAGGGCAUGAAGCAGCAGAGCCGCUACAGGGUGACCCUCCGGCCCCGGGACCAGGACCCGGGCCUCGGCAAGACUGCCGACUCUGACCCCCAAGGCGGCUUCUGCUUCCAGGCCAAACCCGGAGACUACAGCGUCCACGUGUCUGUCCCCGAAGCGGAGGUGAAGCUGGGCAUGGCCCUCCUGCCCUCUCUAUUGGACGUCUCCCUGGUGGACCGGCCAAUCACAGACCUGCUCUUCACCCAGUUCAUGGCGUCCGUCUCGGGCAAAGUCCACUGCCUCGCCUCCUGUGACGACCUCUCGGUGACCCUGCAGCCCGUGAGUCGGCAGGGCGACCGACGGACGGUGGCGCUGUCGGCCAGCGGGGACGUCCUCAGCUUCUCCUUCGACGGCGUGCUGCCCGGAAAAUACAAAGCGAGCAUCUCCCACGAGGAGUGGUGCUGGAAACACAAGUCGGUGGAGGUGGAGGUCCUGGACUCCGACGUGGCGGGGGUGGAGUUCCGUCAGAUCGGCUACAUCCUGCGUUGCUCGCUCUCCCACGCCAUCACGCUGGAGUUCUUCCAGGACGGCAGCCAGCCGGAGAACGUGGGCGUGUACAACCUCUCCAAGGGGGUGAACCGCUUCUGCCUCUCCAAGCCUGGCGUAUACAAAGUCACUCCCCGCUCCUGCCACCAGUUUGAACAGGAUUACUACACCUACGACACGUCCGCCCCCAGCAUCCUCACCCUGACCGCCGUCCGCCAUCACAUGACCGGCCUCAUCACCACGGACAAGCUCCUGGACGUCACCGUCACCAUCAAGUCGUCCAUCGAGAGCGAGCCGGCUCUUGUCCUCGGCCCGCUCCGCUCCCAGGAGGAGCAGCGCCAGGAGCAGCAGCUGCAGGAGAUCACGCUCCGCCGGCAGGAGAGGGAGCGGCGGGCGGCGGAGGAGGGGGAGCAGGAGGGCGGGGCCCGGGACGACGGCCCCCCAAUCCUGGAGCGGGCCGACGAGCUGACGGGGCCCUUCCACUUCGAGUUCUCCUACUGGGCCAGGGCUGGAGAGAAGAUCACCGUCACCCCCUCCUCCAAGGAGCUGCUCUUCUACCCCCCCGAGGUGGAGGCCACCAUCACCGGAGACUCGUGUCCGGGCCGCCUGGUGGACAUCUCGGGGCGCGCGGGUCUCUUCCUGGAGGGCACGGUGUUCCCUGAGCUCCAGGGGGUGGAGAUCUCCAUCACGGAGCGGGGGGCCGGCCAGCCUCUCAUCACCGUGGCAACCAGCGAGACGGGAACCUACAGGGUCGGCCCACUCCACAGCGACCGCGAGUACGACACCAGCGCCCGCAAGGAGGGCUUUGUCCUCAGCGCGGUGCCCGGUGCCUCGGGAGACUUCAAGGCCUUUGCCCUCGCAGGAGUCACCUUCAAGAUCCGGUCUGAGGAUGAUCAGCCACUCUCCGGUGUGCUACUCUCUCUGAGCGGGGGCAACUUCCGGUCCAACCUGCUGACCCAGGACACCGGGGUGCUGACCUUCAACAACCUGAGUCCGGGGCAGUACUACUUCAAGCCCAUGAUGAAGGAGUUCCGCUUCGAGCCCGCCUCCCAGAUGAUCUCCGUGGACGAGGGCCAGAACCUCAGCAUCGACAUCACCGGCGUCAAGACCGCCUAUAGCUGCUACGGGGCGGUCCAGUCUCUGAGUGGGGAUGCAGAGCGUGACGUAGCCGUGGAGGCUGUGGGGCAGGGCGACUGCAGCCUCUACAGCGAGGACACCGUCACCGACGAGGAGGGCCGCUUCCGCCUCAGGGGCCUCCUGCCCGCCUGCAGGUAUGUGAUCCAGCUGAGGGCCGAGGGCAACGACCACAUCGAGAGGGCCCUGCCCCAACACCGCUCCCUGGAGGUGGGUAACAGUGACAUCGAGGGGGUCAACAUCAUCGCCUUCCGGCAGAUCAAUCAGUUCGACCUGAGUGGGAACGUGGUCACGUCCCCGGAACACCUGCCCACGCUGUCGGUGAAGCUCUACCGCAGCGACAACAUGGACAACCCCAUCAACACCGUCUCUCUGGGACAGUCGCUCUUCUUCCACUUCCCCCCCCUGGACCGUGACGGGGAGAACUACGUGCUGAUGCUCCACUCCACGCUGUCGCGCUCCCAGUACGACUACAGCCUGACCCAGGUGUCCUUCGUGGCCACGGGCUACCACAAGCACGUCACCCUGACCUUCAACCCCACCCACAAAGUGCCUGACCAGGACAUCGCCCAGGGCUCGUACAUCGCCCUGCCCCUCACCCUGCUGCUGCUGCUCGCCGCCUACAACCACGAGAAGGUCAUCCCCAUGCUGCUGCAGCUGGUGAACCGCGUGCAGGGCGUCCGCAGCAUGGCGGCGGCCGGGGGCGACAGCGCCUCCCUGGACGAGGCCAAGCGGCAGGCCAAGAGACAGAAGACCCGCCGCACUUAGGGGGCUCGUGUGUGUGUGUGUGUGUGUGUGUGUGUGUGUGUGUGUGUGUGUGUGUGUGUGUGUGUGUGUGUGUGUGUGUGUGUGGGCCGUUCUCCACAGGGAGUCGGUAGCGAUGUGCGUUUGUUUUGUGUGUCUAGGACGGCAGGGAGGGGAGGGGGUCGUCGAGGUGGACUUGAGGCCCGGUGUUAAGCCCCUCCCCGCGCAGUACCGCUGCUCACCACUCAGACGCUGCGGCCAAUCGAAUUAGAAAAGAACCAGUCCGUCGCGUUUUUUGCAAAUUCCGUUAUUAAAACGCGCCCGACUGCAUCUGUACUCUCCACUGUCUCGCUCUCUCUCGCUCUGUCUCUCGCUCUGAACACGCGUUUUCUUACAGAACGUGUCCAUAUUUUUUAUCAUACAAUAUGAGCCAUUUUUAUACAUUAAUAAUUUAUUUAGGUCAACCAACGUUUUCUGUUUGUUUGCUCGUGUUUCGGAGGAGCUGGACUGAUCCGGUUUAUGUUAUAUCGUGAGGACCUAUGUGAUGGCGGGGGACUAUUCACAUUUUUUUACUGUGGAGGAAAAGCGAUUCACUCAGUUCAAUUCAUACGAGAUGUCACUAUUCUGUUGAGACACUCUAAAUAGAUUCUAAAUGUUCUGAUUAUUAUUAUAGUGAUAUUGAUGUGCACCAAGACGACGAGGUGUCCUGACCGAGUGCUGAAUUGAGCGGUAAAGUGAACCGAGUGUGUUCAUAAGACCUCCAGGAGCAGAACUCCAUUAGCAGUGCAGCGAGCGCAGCUCUGACCUUCCUCAGUCGAGGUAAACAAGCACUCAGCCGGUGUGAGCGAUCUGUGGCGCUUCUAAACAAGUUGUUGAGCGUAUCUACAGGAUGUAGGGAAGAGGGCUGGGUUCAGGAAAAAGAGAGAAAUGAUCUUAAAGUACAGGUGUUUUUGUAGGGGUUAUAGGGAGUAACAUUGAUGUUUGAUUAAUUUAUUAACUUUUUUUUUCCACUCUGAUGUGAAUGAUGAUGAGCUCUAUGCGUGUUUAUGUUGAUUUCUAUUGAUUUAUUAAAGCAGUGUUGACACUAAAUCUGAAGAGUGCCCCGCUACAUUAAAACCCACCAAUAAUUAAUUAAAGGGGACUUAUUAUACCACCAGGUGUGAGUGUGAUUAGCCUAUCCAGCACAGAUCUAGGUGGACACACCCACUAGUGAUGUCAUAUUAGGCAGAUUUUCGAAAUGGCUUGUUAGGCUAAUCACACUCACACCUGGUGGUAUAAUAAGUCCCCUUUAAAUUAAGUUUCUUUUAGAAGGUUUGACUUGACUUCAAUCCUAAAAAAGGACAAAGGUGCCAGUGAGACUUCCAAAAGCAUAAAAUACUCCACUGGUCGUUGUAAUGCACUGUAAAGACCGUGGACCAAUUUGACAAUUAAUCCUUUCAGAUUCGCCGUCGAAGGCAAACUAUGUAAAGGACACUUAGGUUUUUCUCUUUAUUUUAUUUUUAAUUUUUUUCAGCUAGUGUUGAAUUGCCAGGCGCUGAUUGGCCGGCCUGUGAGGCAGAAUGACGUGAGGAGGUAGAUUCUUGUCAAUCAGCAUCUGUUCAUUUUCCAAAUGUUCUAAAUAAAAUCUUAAUAAAGUAA